GUCCCCUCACAAACACGGAUCUAAGGUACAUAAGACGAUAAAGAAGUAGGAAAGGUGACCCUGGUUUGUUAUACACACCAUUCUUCCUCCUCGACGGAAAUUCAAUGGCUGGUCAUGUCUGCACUUGAAUAACAUCCACUGCAGCAAUGGCAGCUGUCUAUUCAGGUAUCCAUUUGAAGCUAAAGAGUCCACAGACUCAGUGGGAGGACAAACUGAAGCUGGCCCGUUUUGCCUGGAUAUCAUCUCAGUGUCUGCUGCCCAACAAGGAACAGGUUCUGUUGGAUUGGUGUACCCAUGCCCUGACACUGAAGUACAAUAAAAAGGUGGAUUUUUCCCAGGAUGUUUUGGAAGGCCUGUGGCAUUACCUUGAUGAUGUGCUCCACAGUCGGAAGCUCCAGUCUCACCUCAAGCAGGGAAAGACCAUCACUUUGAGGCUCAACAUGGCACAGAUGCUGCUUGAACGCCUGCAGGAGUGUGCAAAUGCUGACAAGUUCUUGGUGUGUGUGCCCACCAUACUGAGUGUAUGUCAAGGCAUUAUCGCUUCUCCUGCACUGUCAUCUGUUUUUACUACAAAGUAUGAACUUAUGGUCGAUCUGGUUGCCAAGUUCUGCUCCUUGGCCUGCCGUGAGCUGCAACAGUUGUCGCUGACAGGACACCAGAAGUCAACAGAGCCUCUAAUGAUUCAAGAGGAACUUACAUCUGAGUGUCUUCAAACUGAACCUGUUGGCAAUUUGGAAAAUUCCCAAACUGACCUGUUCUCCGCCCCUUCCAAGCCAAAGAAAAAUCCCCAAUCACCAAAUUUAUUUGAAGUGCUGCUUCAAGUGCUGUCAUGCUAUUUGUCAGUACAACGACAACAAGCUAACCCAAACAGAGUCUUCACUAUGGUCACCAACCAGCUGUUACAACUAUUAGUGCUGCUCCGUCACUUGCUGACCUCUGGAGAACUUACUUCUUCUCACACACAUCUGCGCCUCCAUCAGCAGCUGUGCAGAGACAUACGCGUCAAGAUUGACUCCAUCCUUCAGCUAGCUCUCUUUCCCGUAGAGCUCCUGACCUUAUACAAGGACGAGCUUCUUCCGGUCAAAGAGGAUUCUGGAAAACGCACCACUGGAAGUGCUAAAGGCCCUCUGAAGCCAGUCAGUGCAGCACUUAGCAAACUGACUGCCCAGGGUUACUGUGAGCCAUCGCUUCAUUACACUGUCAAGUCCAACACGUUGUCUCUGCUGUUUAAGUUUUUUCUGGAACGAUAUGGGAAAGCGAAGGGGGACGGUGAGGAUGAGCACAAGAUGCUUUGUUUCUAUUAUCUCACCAGACUGGUCCCAGUUUUAGAUCUCCAUCUUGCACAGCACUCAGUCUCAACCACAGAAGUAGAGUUGCCACACUCUGUUUGCCCUCAGCCGAAGUCACCUUCACUCAGCUCCCCGGAGAGCUGGAGUCUGGCUCUGCUGGCUGUGGAGUCCUUGCUGAGCCAAACUCUGUCGGCCGAUAUUUACAAUGUAGCUGCAGACAGAAUACGACAUGGAGAGGUUCAACUUCAGUAUUACAGAGCAUUGGCACAACUGCUCUUCAACGAAGCCCAGCCGAGCAUACCAUCCUGGUACCGCUGUUUAAAGGUGCUCCUGAAUCUCAAUCAUCUGAUUCUUGAACCAGACCUGGACCAGCUUUUAUCCUCAGCUUGGGUGAAUGCUGAAUGCAUGGAGCCACGGGUGCUGCGAGCCAGACAGCUCAUGGUGUGCAGCCUCCUCCAGACCUACACAAAGCUUCGUCAGCUGUCACGUCUCUUCUCUGAGCUCCUGUCUGUGAUCUGUCAGCCUGCUCUCGAUGACCUUCGACCUCCGCUGCUGCCUGAGGGCAUUUCCACCUCACUAAGGAAUUGUCUUCUAGACAUACCCCAAUCCCAGGGCUUAGAGAUCUGCUCAUUAGUGCUGGAGAACGUCAGGAAAUUUGUGCUCCCCGACCUGUUGAGAGAGGGAACUGAUGCUGAGAAGAUGGAGACUGAUGGAGAAUCCACGGACCAAGAGAAGAAAGAUGCAGCUCUGAAACUCUCCUCCCUCAGUCAGCUGCUUCAUGCGGUUUCAUUUAGUCUGAAGACUUUAGACAAUGCCUCUCCAGUUCCAUUAGUCAGGCAGAGUCGAGAUAUGAUGGAGAGGAUGCAGCAGUUAGUCCAGGACUUACACAUGUUGACAGAGGAGAAGCUGCAAAAGGCAGACAAAAGUUCACUUAGUGAUACAAAUGACAAAACGUGCCCGCACCCAGAAGAGUCGGAGAGGAUUUCACAGUCUAAAACAGGAUCUCUGUGGGAGCAGCAGACUCAGGAGGCUGCCCUCCUACUCAGAUACACCUGGAUAGAAGUGGACACUCUCUUUGAAAUCCACUGCAGCAAAUACUCAUCUCUUGACUCCGCCCAUUCUCUUCCUGGAACUCGCAUAGAGAAUCUUUUAUCAGGCGAUAUCUCACCAGCACACCUUCAUCCCUCGCCCAGCAGCAGCCCCAUGAGCUGUCUGCUACUCAAGCUUCUCACUUUGCAACAGAUAAAGAAGAUAUUGAUGGAUAGCGCCUCAUUUGGUGAAGCUACCACGACAGCUCUGCUGCAGAGAGCAGCCCAGUUCAUUUUAGCAAAACCCGAGUUUGAGACGAGUCUGGACGGAGAGCAGGGGUGGGAUUUGCAGAUAGGUAGCUUAAAUUCAAGCUCCUACUUUGUAGCACACUGGUACCUCGUCGUAUCCAACUUGCCUUUGAUCAUUUCCCACCUGAGUGCAGAAGACAUGGACUGCAUAGCAGAUGUGCUUGUUAGCUCCCUGCUGAAGAGAGACAUCGACAGAUCUGAAGAUCAGCAGCUUGGCAGUCUCACUGUGUCCGCUAUAUCUUCUGAGUUUCUCCAAAGCUCAGUUCUCAGCGAGUUGCCCUUAUUGUUCUCUGCCGUUGUUAAAUCCUUAGCACAAAGGAUUAUCCAUGAGUUAAAGGCAGCAACUGCAUUGAAGGAUUGUCGCGCACUCCAGAUGUUUCAGAAGAUAGAGACGGAAGUUUCAGUGAGAAACGUUGGUUUCUCUUUGUCUACGCUGGUGAAUACCGAGACCCUGGUGGAGGAUGUGCAAGAAUCCUCCAAGACUGGAGAAGUGUCUCUACUGCUAAGUAACACAAGCACCGGAGAGCUGGUAAACGUUCUCCAAAUCCUGACGAAGUUAAAUCCAGACGCAAUGAGCUCGGAGGAUCUCUCCUCAGUUUUCCUCCUCCUCUUUUUCUUGCUCACCCUCACUUCCAGCCAGCAAGACCAGACGGCCGACGGCAGUCGUGACUCUGAAGGUGGCACUCUGUUCCCAGCGAAGUUGCUUCAGACUCUGGCCUAUCUUCUGGAGGGUAGAAACAUCCAUGGUGUUUUCAAGGUCGUCCAUGGGGCUGCUCUACUGCAGGCGCCAGUCUCAACUCUUCUUUGGCGCAGCAACAGUGGAAAGUUUGACGCCACGUGUGGCGCUGACUGGUUGGCUUUAAUCAAGGCAACACAAGGUUUCAUCAAGUCUUUGGUUCAGCUGAUUAUAACCAGAAACAGCAGUGUUCAACUCAACCUCGACCAGUUUGCCACCUACCUGUCCAGUGCAGUCGUGGCAAGUAGAAAAAGUACGGUAUCCAGUUCUGGAGCAUCCGUCUCAUCAAUCCAUCUUCUGCUGGCCUGUCUGGCUUCUUUCUCCCAGACGAUGACCUCUAACUUAGGACGAAACAAGCAAGUGGAUCAGACUUUAACCCAAAUGCUUGUAAGAACAAAUGCUCUGCUCGGACCAGCUGUCGAGUUUGUCCUGAAACCACAGACUGCCCCUCAGCCUGCCUGCACCCUUGGUCAAGCCUUCAUCGUCGACGUUGUUACGGUCAUGAUUCGUUGUGAGCUGUCCUCACUGUCAGUGGAGGAGAACCAGCAAUGCCGCACUUUCUCCCACAUGAGCCUUUAUCAAGGCUUCUGCCACCAGAUCUUCAGAGAAAUCAGCUCUGCACCGAGACCCAUGGAUUUCCUCAUUUCAUCCCUCCAUUUUCUAUCAGCUUUUUAUAAAGCAGUGGAGGAGACAGACAGAAAAACAAAGGAGCAAGAAGAGGUGAAGAAGGCAGGGAAGGAGGAAGUGUACAUUCAGAUCCUGCAGAAUGUGCACAGACUGCUCAAAGCUCACUGGCUCUCUGCGGAAGAUGUUUGUCAGCUCGAGCCAGCUGUGCAGGAGCUGUUGAGCCAGCUGUUGGUGAAGAGUUCUGCAGAUGAGCUGAACGUGCUGCUGCUGAUGGUCAGAGAUGGACUGGACAUCGACAAGCUGAGGGCGGGAAACUACAGAGAGGUGUUGUCUGCAGUAAUCGUCAUUAAGCUGCUGUCCUGCUGUCAGUUACCAGAGACCUGCUCUAAAGUCCUGUGGCUCAUUGCACCCCAGGUUACAUCUGCUAUGGUGGCUCUUGUCAGGACUUCCAGCCAGGACGCCUCCCUGACUCUUCCUUUCACUCUGCCCACGGUGACGGCAAUGACGACGCUUCUCCGACGGGAGGAGGGGCUCAUUCCCAACGCUCACCAUGUGGUUUUGGUCCUGGGAGCACUGCAGUCAGUCCCCCUCACCCACAUGACCCCGCCUGCCUAUCAGUCGGCCUUCCUGGCUGUUCACGAGGCGCUGUUCGCCAUCCUCCAGUGUCAUCCGCAGGUGGUGACAGACGCAGCCCCGUCGUUCUUGAACGUAUUCCAUCGCCUCUUAGCGUCUAUCAUGCAGGAGGGUCGGCAGAGGGGAGAUGGAGACAUAGACUCAGACGCCGACGUGUUUGUGCCGUGCUCCAGACUGAUAGAGAGGAUGUACUCCCACAUUGCCGCUGCGACCGAGAGCUUCACCAUGCUGUCGGCUUUUAUGGUGGCUCAGUACGUCACAGAGCUGCAGAAGGUUACUCUACGACCAGAUGUGAAGCUGCACCUCACUGAGGGCAUCUAUUACAUACUGGACCUGUGUAAAGAGCAGGACAUGAAGUUCCUGAAGGCCGGGCUGCAGGCGGGAGUCAGAGAAGUGUUUAAUGAACUGUAUAGCAGCUACACCCAUUACCACAAAACACAGAGGCAAGGAGAAGAAAAGUACACAGUUUGAACUUCCAGGAGAACUUUACUUUCAGUUUAAUUAAACGAGAAUACAUCUUCUGCCUGAGCAGAAGGUUCUGAGGGAACCUGGAGGAACAGCUUGUGGAUUCCAUAUGAUGUGUACAGAGUGUAAACACAGUUGUCUCUGUUUAAGUUCAUUGUAGAUUUGUUUAUGCCUCUGAGGCAUCAUAUCUACUUGUCGGUAUGAAUCUAGUGGCCAUUAAAGGAUUUCUGUGAAUUUUGCAUGAAAGCACAGCAGUAAAUCUCCAGACAUGUGUUGGCAGCAACGCUAACGUUAAACAAAGACUGGCUGUUUCCACCUUCAACCUCGCCUUGUUAAACCGAUGUCUGUUGCUUCAUAAUGUGUUGAGGAAUUUUGGUAAACAGUUUUCAAGGACAGUAGCACCACCUUGUACAAAUAUAGGUAAGAUCACUCCGCUUUCACCCAGUUUGACCACACAGCAGGUGGAUGAGCUACACUGAUGUAGUCUGUACAGAAAAUGCUUUUGGAAGCAUUGAAAGACUUGAAACUUCAAUGUUUUUUAUUCUCAAUAAAAUAUUCAUUUAAUCAGAAUGAGUAGACCAUACUGUCACUUGCAGACAGUUGUGUCUGGAUGUUUUCAAAUAUUUUUGUAUAAGAAUACAACA